AUGGUAAUGUUAUCGAUAUUCAACCACAAUCACAGCCAUAGUAACAACUCCACAACUUCCACCAACGAUAUCUCGAAUACCAACAAUAAUAAUAGUAACAACUCCCCCACUUCUUCCACCUCCAUUCCAGAGGAGCACGAGGUAGAGGAAACACAUGAAGAUCCUUCAAUUACCCCGGAACCUAUAGAAAAACUAUCUAUCCCAGACUCUAGACCUCUGUCAAGAAACAGAACUAGAUCUAUUUCAUUCACAAGAUUUUUAUUUAACAAGGAACACCAAGAUCAAUCGCGGUCGACGUCAAAUGAAACCACGGAUAAUCAUUCAUCGUCCCUGCCUUCCACAUCCGAACAGAAUAAUUCAGGCUUUGUAAGGUUGAAAAAUAUGUUUAGAUUGCCAUCAAGUACGUCUAUACAUUCCGAGGAUGCACGUACAGUUGGAAGAACAAGAUCAGUAUCAACCCCCUUAACUCCGCCGCGAUUCAAAAAGGAACCACCAGUACCACAUAUCGUUACUACAGGUACAUCAACAUCAUUGAAUGACAGUUUGACGGAAAACCAAAUAACUCCAUCAAACACAACACAUGUAUCACGAACUGAAGAUAUGCCGGUACAGAUAACACCCCCAUCAGCUAUUAAUACAGUAGGAGAAGCAACUGUUGAUGAUAACCUUGAUUCAUCCCCACUGAGUCCCGUAGCUCAGUCAAAUCCAUAUUUCCAAUACCAAGGUUUGCCUGAACACCUGAAAGCUUCUCAGAAUGCGCAUUUGGAAACAGCACCUAAUAGGGGAGAUUUAUCAGUUUCUUUGAGACAUAAUGAUUCGGUGUUUUCAUUAAAUGACCAAGGUGUUUUGAAACCUCCGAAGAUACAUAGUCGUGAAAUAUCAACCUCAAGUGAAGACAAUUCGGAGCCAAGUUCACCACUUCCAAAGACACCAAUAAGACUGAUUAUGGAAGGAGAUGAAUUAAACUUGAAGCCUGUUGAACAAGAAACCGACUUGGCAGUUCCAGCGUCCCCAUUUCAGCGUGCCUUGAGAAGAGUAGCAUCAGCGCCAUUAGUACACCGUCUAAUGGUUGAUAAACAAGCAGGAGACCAACAUGGGGUUUCUUCAACUUCACCAUCGGUUUCUGCAUCUCCACAGAAAACUGAAGAUCCAUUUGAUAUCAAUAAACAUAUAGGGGAAGUGAAGAUCACAGGUCGUCCAAGAACUUACACACAAGACAGAACAUAUUCUAAUUCAGCUACCAAGAUCGUUGAUGUUCAAGUUCGUCCGGAUAGUUUUGAAAAAAUUAGAUUAUUGGGAAAAGGUGAUGUUGGGAAAGUGUACUUGGUUAGAGAAAAGCAGACCAAUAAGCUUUAUGCCAUGAAGAUAUUGAGUAAAAAAGAGAUGAUUGAAAGAAAUAAAAUCAAACGUGCAUUGGCCGAGCAAGAGAUUUUGGCUACAUCAAACCAUCCAUUUAUUGUUACGUUGUAUCAUUCAUUUCAAUCUAAGGAGCAUUUGUAUCUUUGUAUGGAAUAUUGUAUGGGUGGAGAGUUUUUCCGUGCCUUGCAAACUAGAGAAACUAAAACUAUUUGUGAAGCAGAUGCGAGAUUUUAUGCUGCUGAAGUUACAGCUGCAUUGGAAUAUCUUCAUUUGAUGGGAUUUAUAUAUCGUGAUUUGAAACCGGAGAAUAUCUUAUUACAUCAAUCUGGACAUAUUAUGUUGAGUGAUUUUGAUUUAUCUAAACAAAGUGAACGAGCCAAAAACCCAGAAAUUUCAUUUAACAAAUCGGGAAUGCAUUUACCGUCAUCAGGAAGUUCAAAUCAUCAUAAUGGACCAACAAUUGAUACUAAAGCUUGUAUUGAUGGAUUCAGAACAAAUUCAUUUGUUGGAACAGAAGAAUAUAUUGCACCAGAAGUUAUUCGUGGUAAAGGACACACUAGUGCCGUUGAUUGGUGGACAUUGGGGAUUUUCAUUUAUGAGAUGUUGUAUGGUACCACACCAUUUAAGGGUCAGGAUCGAAAAAAGACAUUUGCCAAUGUGUUGAAGAAGGAAGUGAAAUUUUUGGACACUCAAUCUGUUUCAUCAAAUUGUAGAAACAUUAUCAAAAAGUUGUUGAUCAAAGACGAAGAGAAACGAUUGGGUUCCAAGACUGGUGCAUCAGAGAUCAAGAGCCAUGCUUUUUUUAAGGAUACCCAGUGGGCAUUAUUAAGACAUCAAAAACCUCCAAUGAUUCCAAUUUUAACUAAAUCAAACAAGAGAUUUGAAAGACCUGCUCAAGAAUCGGAAGAAAUUAUUGAAGCUUCAUCUAACAGUAUAAAUGAAAAUGAUCCAUUCUCGAGGUUUAAUUCGGUAACAUUAAGAUAUGGGGAAUUUGAAGAUUUCAAUCUGAGUCCACAAUAUAAUCCGGAGAGUAGUGCAUAUACUAGUGUUGCAUAUACUAUGACUUCUGAACACGAUAAUUCAAUAAAACAAAAGGGAUUCUUGAAACGUUAA